AUGGCCCCGAAACGAACGAAUGCCGCUGAUAAUCAAAGCAGUAAAAAACAGCGAAAGACCAAAAAGAAAAUAAAAGCACCACCUUCUUUUUUAGAUGCGACCACACUUUUGCAGGUGGUGGACUUUCCUUUACAACAACAGCAAGAACAACAACAAGCGCUGCCAGAACAUGAUACAGUAAAAUCUGAUGUUGUCAGUGAUGUUAUUAAGGAAGUCUUCCUCGAUCGCUUUGUCAAGGAAAUAGUAAAACCAUUUGCUCCAGAUAGGAAUAGCAACAGUCAGUUUGUAGUGCGAAACUGCAAGCUGCGGAAGUCGAAUCAGAAUCAAGCAGGCAAGAAGACCGAAACAAAUUCCAUCUGGAAUCAACGAAUAAGAAUAGGAACGAACCAAUGCCUACGGAUACUCGACGCCGCCAUGAAUGGAUCGGCGAAUCCGAAACCUCUCCUUUGCGUUUGCGCUCGAGAUGUGUAUCCUCCUACAAUGUUGACCCAAGUCCCCGUCGUUGCGAAAAAAUUGAAAAUUCCGCUUGUCAUUCUCGGAGGGAAGGCAACUACAGAACUUGGUGAAGCAAUCGGUCUCUGCAAGGCUUCAAUAGUAAUCAUCUUGGAAUCAUCAAUUGGAACUGACGAAUCUCACGGUGCAAUUGAUUCGUUCUGUUCAUACGCUCGGACAUUAGUAGACUCUUGA